GUUCUAAUUUAAAGUUCUUAUCAACGUACAGUUUUCUGCGGUGUUCAAUAAAUUCUCCGUCUUUGUUUACUACAUUCAGAUUGGACGGUUGUCUCCUUCCAUGAAAUGUCAAAGUGUCGGCUCAGGCGACUUUCGUCUCUACGUCAAGCGGGUAUUGGGACGGUAUUCGUCCGCCCAUGGGUUUGCGUACCCGUAAACCUAUUGAUUGUGACGACUAGCUGCAAUGGUGUCAGAGUUUUGAGGGUGGAUUUUUUGACAAUUAUGCUAAAAGUGUUAAUUAAUAAUGGAUAUUUAACAACGUUCAUUGUCUGAAGUGAAUAAGUAAAAAUGUCUGCUGCUGGAACCCCUUCGACAGAUCCUUGGCUUAUUUUAGCCAGGGAGAGAGCCAGAUAUGAAGAACAGUUCAAAUCUCUUAAGCCUACGAAUGGAAUUGUCACUGGAGAACAGGCCAAAGGCUUUUUCUUGCAAUCUCAACUGCCACCCCUUGUAUUGGGUCAAAUUUGGAAUUUGGCCGAUACAGAUUCAGACGGCAAAAUGGACAUAAACGAAUUCUCUAUCGCAUGUAAACUCAUAAAUCUAAAGUUAAGGGGUUUCGAGAUACCUAAGGGCUUGCCACCAUCCCUCCUGGCCUCUCUGCAACCCGCGGUUCUCGCCUCAGCCACUCCUCCCGCCAUCCCCCCUCUGCCGGCGAUGAACGGCUCCGCUCCGGCACGUCCUCAACCGCCCAAAGUGCCGCCCAUGGUGCCACCUGCGCCUCAGACCGUUGCCAGCAAUCUCAUCGGUCAGCAGGCGCCCCUAGCGUCCAUGACAACGGGAAUAAUUCCGCCCGUCGGCACGGUUACCCCUAACGUGAUGGGCCCCAUUCCGACGGGAAUAGUGCCCCCCAUGCAGAGCACGAUACAACCGGUUGCGCCCAUGGUGAGCGGCAUCUCGCCUCUUGCCCCAUCCACAGGCAUUAAUUCUACCGCUCCCGUUGGGUAUGUUGCUCCGGGUAUGCAGCCUCUGGCUCCAGCUGCCCCGGGAUUAGUGAAUAUCACCCAGUCAUUCGUACCACCGACAUCAGUGAACGUGGCGACUGCUGUACCGAUGGUGCCGGGGGUAGCAGCGGUCUCUGCUGUUUCACCGCCUCUUUCAACGGGCAUUCCUGCACCUGGCCCUGGCGCCACCAGUACCCCUAGGGCCAGCGUAACUAGUCUAGAUAGGACGGCAUCUAUUGAAUCACCAUUAGUUGACUGGUCCGUUCCUCACCACAUCAAGCUAAAAUACACACAAAUGUUCAACACGACGGACAGAACUAGAUCUGGAUAUUUGUCUGGUGCCCAAGCGAGAAAUGUAAUGGUGCAGACUAAACUACCUCAAAAUUUAUUAGCACAAAUAUGGAGCCUGUCAGAUAUGGACGGCGAUGGUAGGUUGGGAUGUGAAGAAUUCGUUUUGGCAAUGUAUCUCUGCGAACAAGCCUCGACUGGUACCCUACCACCAACCAAGUUACCUCUAGAACUAAUCCCUCCGUCGUUCCGCAAAACUAGAACAGCAUCCAUAUCAAGCCAGGGUAGUGGUGCUCCACUUGAUCAAGAUCCUGCUUCCACCUUAUUGCAAACGUCGUUCGAGGAUAAACGGAAGGAGAACUUCGAAAAGGGCCAGGCGGAAUUGGAACGCCGCAGAAAAACACUCUUGGAUCAACAAAGAAAAGAGGCCGAAGAACGAGAAAGAAAAGAACGGGAGGAGAUUGAACGGAGGGAGAAGGCACGUUUGGAGGCAGAACGUAAGCGCAUGGAAGAAUUGGAGAAGCAAAUGCGAGAACAGCAGGAACAGGAGAGACUAAGAGAAGAAGAGCGUAAAAGACAAGCUGAACAAAGGGAGGCCGCUAGAAAGGAAAUGGAGAGGCAAAGACAAUUGGAAUGGGAGAAGCAACGGCUGCAAGAGUUACAACAGCAGAGACAUAGGGAACAAGAAAACGUGCUGAAAUUGAAAGCGAAAAACCAAAGUUUGACAAUCGAAUUAUCGUCAUUGAACGAGCAAGUCCGUGAACUGUCUCAAAAGAUUUGCGAUACAAGGGUGGGUGUGUCCAAUGUUAAAAGCACAAUUGACGGAAUGCGCAGCACCCGUGACACCCAGAUGCAGGAGAUGUCCCAUCUCAAGAAUAAGUUGAAAGAGCAGAAUGCCAAGUUACUCAGUUUGUCACAGGAGAAGGCCAAACUAGAUGCAAAGAACAAAUUGAAUGCUCAGUCAGGACAUGAUGAUGAACAAUCGCGGGUCGCUUUCGAAAACAAGGAGAUUACUAUCAAAAAUCUACGAGAGAAGAUUGAAGACAUGCAAAACCAGAUCGAUGGGAAACUAGCCGACAUUGAGAACAAUAACUCGCAACUGACAGAUCUGCGCACUCAAAUGACAACACUAGUGGAGGAAUGCGAAAAAUUGUAUGGCGUCUACGAAACGAAGAAAACGAAAGUGUUGGAAAUCAAGAACGUCAACAAAAAUGUGGAUUACAACGCGUCGUGGCCUACGAAUAACGACGCUUGGAGCAACGAAACUACAACUGACCAACCUGCCAAUGAGUGGCCAACAGACAACUGGGAAUCGACAACUACUAGCGCCGCCACUAUUCCAGGCAUCGUGAAAUACAGAGCUCUCUAUGAAUUCGUAGCUAGAAAUAAUGAUGAAAUUUCAUUCCAACCCGGCGACAUCAUAAACGUACCCGUGGAUCAGACUGGCGAACCUGGCUGGCUUGCUGGAGAACUCAGGGGACAUACUGGUUGGUUCCCUGAAUCGUAUGUGGAACCAGUUGACGGAGUGGGUGUAAGAGACAAUCCAACUGUAACGACGACUGCUGCUCCUAUCACCGAACCCUACGUUGAGGACACUGAGUCUAAACGUCUAGAGGGCAUAGAAGAAGUACCAGAAUCGUUCGAGAGUACAGAACGGAAAUCUACGACGGCGCCAGAAGAAACAGCUACACCCACCUCAGCACCCGUCGUUGCAGAGCCAGAAGGUGAACCUGAAUAUUACAUUGCGAAUUACCCGUACCAGUCCCAGGAACAGGGCGAUCUAACAUUCAAUGCUGGCGAUGUAAUUGGCGUCAUUAAGAAGGAAGGCGACUGGUGGACUGGUAAAAUUGGCACCACCAUCGGUAUUUUCCCAAGCAACUAUGUUCAGAAGGUAGAUGUGAACUCUUCCGGCACAACAAACGGUGCCACCACUCAGUCAACCGUCACCUCAGCAUUAUCCAGUGGAGUUUCGGCCGCAGCCGUGACCUCCGCCUUGGAAAACGUAAAUUCGUCACAAGGUGAUGACAACGAAGUGUCCCAAAUUAACGAAAACACAGCUUCGCGAAUCGAGAAUAAACCCCUGGACUCCUCCAUCACAUCUGGGGCCCAGAUCGUGAAAAGUAAGAAACCGGAAAUAGCGCAAGUGAUCGCUCCAUACCAGGCCACCAGUACUGAACAGCUGUCACUGGCCCGAGGUCAACUGAUCAUGAUUCGCAAGAAGACCGACUCCGGCUGGUGGGAGGGUGAGCUUCAGGCUAAAGGGCGCAAGAGACAAGUCGGUUGGUUCCCUGCCAGCUAUGUUAAGGUUUUGAACAGCAGUGGUCGGGCUAGUGGACGUACCACGCCCGUUUCCACCACCAGGAUGCAGCAGGAGGUCGUUAUUGAUAAAGUAAUUGCCUUAUUCCCUUACAACGCGCUUAAUGCUGAUGAGCUAAGCUUCGCCAAGGAUGACAUCAUCAGUGUGACCGCUAGGGAAGAAGAGGCAUGGUGGAGGGGAGAGUUGAACGGUGUCUCGGGUCUAUUUCCCAGCAAUUACGUGGCACCGCUUCAGCAACAAUCCAUAACUCAGGAGGACAAAAAAAGAAGUGAGUCGAUAAAUGAAUUUAUCAACACCGAACGAGCGUACGUAAAGGAUAUGUCCGUCGUUCAUAAAGUAUUUGAACGGCCGCUUCGUGAAAGCGGCAUUGUGAAGAAAAGGGAGGCCGAUGAGAUAUUCGUCAAUUGGCAAGAUAUUUUGCAGUGCAACAAGAACUUUCUGAAAGAUCUCGAAUCGCGUCGCAAUUCGAACAGCACGGUUAUCGGUGAUGUUAUUUGCAGACAUUUACCUCUAAUGACCGCAUAUGUAACUUUCUGCGGUAAACAAUUGGACAGUGCCGCAUUAUUGCAAAAUCUAAUUGAAAACAACACUGCCUUUAAAGAAUUAAUAAGGAAAUGCCAGGGUGAUCCGGCCACCAAAGGUUUACCUUUAUCAUCCUUCCUAAUAAAACCCAUGCAACGAAUCACUAGGUAUCCGUUGUUGAUAACUAAAAUAAUUGAAAACACAUCCGACAAUCAUGAAGAUUACGGUUAUUUGAAAGAAGCUCUACGUUUAGCAGAGAAAUUUCUGCAGUGUGUGAACGAAAAUAUUCGUUAUAAAGAAAACCAAGAACGCUUGGACUGGCUACAGCAAUAUAUCCAAAAUGAUUUUCGUAUUACAUUUAACGGUGACACCAAUAAACUGGGUCCUAGAAGACUGCUUCAUCAUGGUAUCCUGACCAAAGUCAAAAGUGGCAAAGAACUCUUAACGUUCUUGUUCAACGAUUUUAUAAUGAUGGUCCAAUCCAGUAAAAGUUUGGGACAAUUUACAUUCCAAAGAAACAACAACGUGUCUUACAAAGUUUACAAACAGCCAAUUCUCAUCACAAAUUUAGAUUUCUCCAGAGAGAGCACCGAGACUGUGGAACACGGGACUGACUCUAACAGAGUAAUACGGCUGCAAGACAACAAAUCAAAAUACAAAAUCUGUCUGUUGGCUUCGUCAGUUAAUGAUUGCAACUUGUGGAUGAAGAAAAUCGAAAGCGCCAGAGAAAGCUUUAUGAAAAUGAAUUCGAUGAUCUUAAGAAGACCAAAGUCACUAAUGUAUAUCAAAACAUGGUUGGUCGUUCAUUUGUUGACGGGCUGUGAAAUAUAUCCGAAAAGAUUCUCAUCAAAAGGAACUAAAAAGAGAAAAGCCAAACAACACAUUGACAAUAUUUACACCAAAGUGAAUCUUGGAAAUCAGGAGCAACAGACGGAGCUUGGAAAAUAUGUUGCUGCAAAUGGAAACGGAGCUCCAAAUAGUGAAUCUGUCUUAGUAUGGAACUCAAGCAUGCAAUUUCAAGUAAGGGACGUCAACAGAGAGUUCGUUGCGUUUACGGUUUAUGAGUAUAAUCAAUUUAGUCCGGAUGAAUUCUUGGGUAGAGCUGAACUGAAAGUAAUUGAUAUAUACAAUGAAACUCAAAACAUCAAUGGUCCAAUCACAAAAAAAUUGAUUCUUCAUCAGGUUGAAUCAGGAGAAAUUAGUGUAAAAUUGGACUUUCAUAUAUUCAAAAAUUAUUAAGCCUUGCAGUGGGUAAAAAUGCUAAUGUGUUUAAAAUUUGAUUAAUAUUGUUAAAAUGAUGUAUUGAAAUGUUAUAAUGUAGGAAAGAAUUAAGUGUUUUUUGUGAGUAUGACUAAAUUUUUUAUAAACCUU